AACCGCAGCGUGCGUCGUGUUUAGCGCGUGCACCGCCUCGUGGGCCGCUCAAACAGUCGCGCGCGCGCGAGCGAGUUGCAAAAAGAAAGAAGGAAGCAGUUCCGCCCCGAGAAGCUGAAAGAGGCCGAAGAAGAGUCCAAACAGCAGAAAAGCGAGCAACAGCCGGCUGAGACGCGGGUUUGUUCGAAGCCGCGGCUUUUCACGGCUUUUCACGGCUUUUCGCGGCUUUUCACGGCUUUUCGCGGCUUUUCACGGCGUUCUGGCGGAAACUUGGCGGAACUUUGGAUCUCAGGUGUGGCUCCGCGCGACGCGGCCGACCGUUAAAACACAGCCGCAGCUGCUGUUGGACGACAGGACUCGGACCAAGAAAAGACCCGGACCGAGGAAGGACCCAGAUCAAGAGAAAUCCCAGUUGAAAUGAGUGGAGAAGAGCAAAGAUACAAAGUGGUGGUGGUCGGGGGAGGAGGGGUGGGGAAGAGCGCCCUGACCAUCCAGUUCAUCCAGUCCUACUUUGUGUCGGACUACGACCCCACCAUUGAGGAUUCCUACACCAAGAACUGCACUGUGGAUGGAAUAGAGACCCGCCUGGACAUCUUGGAUACAGCUGGCCAGGAGGAGUUUGGAGCGAUGAGGGAACAGUACAUGAGAUCAGGAGAAGGCUUCUUACUGGUGUUUGCUCUCAACGACCGGGGCAGUUUUCAUGAGGUCUGUAAGCUGCACACCCAGAUCCUGAGAGUGAAGGACCGGGAUGAUUUUCCAAUGCUGUUGGUUGGAAACAAGGCUGACCUGGAGCAGCAAAGAGUGAUCUCCAGAGAGGAUGCUCAGGCGUUUGCCAGAGAGAACAAGAUCCACUACAUGGAGGCUUCUGCUAAGAAUCGCCACAAUGUGGACGAAGCCUUCCUGGAGCUGGUCCACAUUAUCAGACAGUUUCAGGAGAUGGAGAGUCCUCCUCCUCCAGCACCUCACACAGGGAAACAGAAGAGUGGUGGCUGUCCCUGUGUCAUCCUCUGAGCUCUGUUUCUAUGGACACCAAAUCCUCAUUCAGCUCUAGCUUGUACAACAUGGUGUGUGUGUGUGUGUGUGUGUGUGUGUAUGUGUAUGUGUGUGUGUUUGUGAGUGAGAGAGACAGUGACAGACAAUUUGCAUCAUCAUGCUCAUCUAUCCAGACUGUUUUAUUUUGCACUUUUUUUUAAAUUUUGGUUUUAAUGACCAUGGUUUGGCCAAUCAGGAAGCAGCACACCGAUGACACUGAUCAAUAAUUAUAUUAAUAAUUACUGUCCACAGACUUAACUGAAAAGCCUGAGAAAGAUGCAGUGUCUUCUCUCCAUGUGAACAUCUGAGUGUGGGAUAGGUGCAGGAAUGGUGUGGGCGGCGGGUAAGAUGUGACACUCCCAUCGGUGUGGCGUCAUGUUGCUGAGCGUCCUGCAGAGGGCAGCAGAGAUUCGCGGUCAGACCAUGAGAGGAAGCAAAGACAACAGACGUUUCCCUUCUCCUCCUGUUUCUCACGAUUACACAUCCUGUACAAAACAUCCAGAAACGGUGACUGGCAGCUUCUAGGUCCGGAUCACGUUGUGGAUUAUCCACGUAGAGCUUCCGUUUAUUGAGUGUUGUUGUGUGAGUUCUGCAUGGGCCACGUCACCGAGAAACUGACUCAGACGUCCCAUGAUGGCGCUUUAAUGAACCGCAGCCUCACGCUUUGCACAUGUCACCCCAACCAAUGUGUGAGGUGUUGGGCUGAUGUAUACUUCCCGGUACUUCCUUAACUGUAUGUACAUGACCAUAGUCAAAGAAAGCGGUACAUGUUGUCAACAUAAACCUGGAUUAGACCGGAUCCAUCGUUAGACUGAUGUGUAACCAGGAUACCACGGUGAGGAUGAGGCUUCUUGGGUACCACAGAGGUGAAAAGGUGUCAGUCAGCCUCGCCGGCCUCGUGCUCGUGGUCCUCGCCAUGGCUUAGUUUCUGGUGUCUGAUCUAAAUGUCCUUGUCUGGUUUCACCUUUAAGUCAAGAGGUUUUGGUGUUUUUUCACCUGGCCAGAUCACCAUGGUAACUGAAAGCUCCAGAGCAGCUUGGAUUGGAAGGAUCAGACUCGGUUGGUUUAACCCUUCUGUCCUCUUGCAGUUUCCAUUCGGUGAUCAUUUCAGCUGUUACCACUAGUGGCAUGAACUUCUUUACUCAUCAGUAUUUUUCAGCUUUUUAUUUAUUUUUAGUUUUUAUGAAACACUUCAGUUCUGCUCAAAACUCCCAGACAAACAGCUGUUUGAAUCCUUUCAUUUACAGUUUGACCAUUUGAAUAAAAAACAGCAGAAAACAUUAUUUUCCAUAUGAUGACUGUCGAUGGCUCUUUGGUGGUGAUUAAUCUGGAUAUACGGUUUAUUUUUGCCCCUCUGGGGACCUUCAUGGCAAAAUGUCCCACUGACUUGCAUUAAAAGUACAUAUUUUAAUCUCCCAGUCAUUCCAGUUUAAACCCAUUCAUUCUGUAAUGUCAGUGUUUCGUUAGGAGGAACAGAUGGUUUACAGUCUUACUGAAUUCCCACCUGGUUCCUCUGCUUUCCUGUCAUAGGCACACGCAGGAAAUGCUGCUUUUUUUUACCAGUUGUAUUAUGGAACUGUGGGACCACAAGGGGGUGCUAAGAUUUGUUUGUGUGUGUGUGUGUGUGUGUGUGUGUGUGUGUGUGUGUGUGUGUGUGAAAUAUGUGAAAUGUUUGUUUUAAUGGAAGUCAGUGGGACAUUUUUGGCCAUGAAGAUCUGCAGAGGGAGGAUCUGAUACUACAUAGACCACCACCGAUGACCCACCCACCUGAUAUCAAACUGGGAUUUAAGGAGUUAAAACCCUAAAAAUGUUGGUAGUUUUGAGCAGGUCUGAAGUUGUUUCAAUGAUUUGUGGAAGAAAUUGAUUUAUGAUGAUAGCAGUUUGUGUGCCUUGAAGGUCACCAGAGGACGCUGAUUAGAGGAGGCAAAGGGUUAAACGCUCACGCUGGAAACAUGGAGCUCGUUCAGCUGCUGGCUUCUUUUAACCACCAAAGAUUUUUUAAUCCGCUAGAAAACCUGCAUCAUAUCGGCCAGCGAGCUCAGUGAUGAUCCCUGUUGUAGAUUUUAUCCUGAACAGUUCUGCUUUCUGCUGAUUUUCGAUCUGACACAAAAGAAAUGCUCUUUCCAUCAGAAUAAUUCACCUAAUAAAAUUUAUAUUUUUCACAUUU